AUGUCAAAAACCACGUUAGCAGUUAUCGCAGCGGCAAGCGCAGGAGCCGGCGCCGCUAUUACAGCUACCAUGUACUCGUUACGAUCAGAUCGUAAUCUAGAAAGCAAGACUAUAUCCACAACGACGACUACCGUCUCGACCUCACCUACGGCGGGAGGAUCCGCACCGAUUCCUAUCCCAGCCAAACAAAUAUUUACUCCUCCGAACCAACAAGUUGCGCAAACAGGCUUAUCGACCUCAGCCCCCGCGGCCGUGAACCUCUUACCGGUCGACCCGUCCGGCCUCUUCGAAUAUGGCUUCCCAGGUCCGGUAGCCGAUAUCGCGACGCGACAAGCGUUGGUCUCUUCGUUCGACCGCCGACUGCGUAACCCGCACUGGGUAGCAGAGCACAUCACGCCGGCGUCACUAGCAAUCCGAGACGGCGACCGCAAACACAGCACAUUCUUAGAGGACGAAGCCGUGCCUGAAAAGUUCCGCGCGCGUCUAAAGGACUACUUCCGCUCGGGCUACGACCGAGGCCACCAAGUCCCCGCGGCCGACGCGCGCUGGAGCCAAACCGCCAUGGACGAGACCUUCUUCCUGAGCAACAUGUGCCCGCAAGUGGGCGAGGGCUUCAACCGGGACUACUGGGCGCACUUCGAAGACUUCUGCCGGGGCCUGACAUCGCGAUAUCCCAGCGUGCGCGUCGUCACGGGCCCGUUAUAUCUACCCAAGCGUGACCCUACAGACAACAAGUGGUACGUGCGGUACGAAGUAAUCGGCAACCCGCCCAACGUAGCGGUUCCGACACACUUCUACAAGGUCAUCUUCGCAGAGGACGGAGCUGUCGGCGGUAACGUCGCCAUCGGCGCCUUCGUACUGCCCAACGCGCCCAUCCCCAACGAGAAACCCCUCACAGACUUCGAAGUCCCCGUCGAAGCCGUCGAGCGCGCCAGCGGCCUCGAAUUCGCCACCAAGCUCCCCGCCCAGCGGCGCAAGCGCCUCUGCACGGAGGCCACCUGCGCCCUCGUCAUCAAAGACUACGCCAACCGGCAAAAAGCAUUUGCGAAGCCCCAGGGCUCUUCUUCGGCUGUCGCGAAGCGCUAG